AUGGCCUCCCGACCACCUUUCAAGCAGGAAAACUCCUUCGGAGCCGGCAUGGGGCCUUCGUAUGAGAUGAAAUCCAUGGGCAGCCGAGACGCAGGCACAGCUGUCGAAGAAGUUUUCAGCGAGGAACCAGCUCCCAUCGAAGGCCUUCCGACAAAUGACUCAAGGUACAGGAACACAUACGACGACCAGAAAGACAUGUGGCGCUUGAACAAAAAGCAGGAACUACGUCGAAACUUCCGCUUCCUUUCCAUCUUUGGGUAUUCACUGAUCCUCGUCAAUGGCUGGGUGCUGGCGAUCAUCGGUGUGAUUGCGCCCUUGACCAACGGCGGCACAGCGGGGGCCAUCUGGGGUUAUCUCAUUGUCAUCUGUGGCCUGUUCUUAUCAACCUUGUCGAUGGCGGAGAUGGCGAGUAUGGCUCCUACGGCAGGAGGACAGUAUCACUGGGUCAGUGAGUUCGCUCCCAAAAAUUACCAGAAAGUGCUCUCGUAUAUUACUGGAUGGCUAUGUGUUCUUGGAUGGCAAACUGCCCUUUGCAGCACAGCAUACAGCGGCGCUCUCUCUGUACAAGGCAUCAUAUCGCUCAAUCUUCCAAACUACUCGAAUGCCGCAUGGCAGGGCGUACUACUCACAAUCGCGAUCGUUCUUAGUACCAUAGCCUUCAAUACCAUCCUACUGCGAAAGCUGCCGACAUUCGAAGGCAUAAUGUUCACCUUACAUAUCUUUGCAUUCGUUGCUGUAAUCGUCGUACUUUGGGUUAUGGGUGAUAGGGCGCCUGCGUCUGAAACAUUUACGCAAUUUAGCGAUUACAGCGGAUGGGGAAGUUACGGCACCGCUCUCUUUGUUGGCACACUCGCCGCGACAGGUUCACUAGUUGGUUCGGACUGCUCAGCCCAUCUGGCUGAGGAGACCCAGGACGCAUCAUGGGUACUGCCGAGAACUAUGGUGCUCACCGCAAUCACGAACUACGCCAUGUGUUUCUUCACAGUCAUCACCAUCAUGACGGUGAAAGGUAGCUCAGUCGAUGACCUCCUUUCUGUACCUUAUCAGCCGUACAUAAAAAUCUUCCAGAACGUGACCCGAACCAACGGCGGAGCGACGGCCUUGACCUCUAUAAUGUUUAUCCUGCUACUAUUCGGCAUCAUCAACCAAGUCACGACGACGUCUCGACAACUCUACGCUUUCGCGCGAGACAAGGGACUGCCAUUCAGCGGUUUCCUUUCUCACGUCCGGCCGGGAUGGGACGUCCCCUUGAACGCUGUUACGGUUACAUUGUGUUUCUCGAUCCUAGUCAGCUUCAUCAUCAUCGGCUCACCAGUUGCAUUCUUCACCCUGGCGUCGCUAUGUCAGUCUGCUCUCUACGCGAGCUACUUCAUCGUCAUCGGCUGUGUAGCCUACCGCAAAAUCACCAAACAGCCGCUGCCUCCUUCACGAUUCGAUUUGGGCAAGGCCGGUCUGGCGAUCAACAUCUUGGCCAUGGCAUAUUUGGCUUUACAAUUUGUGUUGAUUUUCUUUCCCACCGCGCCGCAUCCAACAGCAGAAUACUUCAACUGGGCUGUCGUAGUGUUUGUGGGGACAGUGAUUAUCGCUUUCACUUGGUACUUUGUCAGAGGCAGGCACGAGUACCUCGGUCCCGUGGAAUAUGUGCGGAAGACGGAGUGA